AUGUCGGAAGGAAGAACAUUUCUCUCACAGUUGAACGUCUUCAACAAGGAAAACUACCAGUUUCCCUCUUCUACAACUAAAAAGGAAGUGAGUAACUCAACGGUAGACGCUGACAAUGAUGCCUCUGAUUUUGAGGCAGGCCAGCAGUUUGCUACAGAGUUGGACCAAGGUGAAAAGCAAUUAGGUAUUUUAUCAUGUAUCGGGCUUAUCUGUAAUAGAAUGCUUGGUACAGGUGUUUUCGCCGUCUCCUCGACAAUUUACACACUAUGUGGGUCUGUUGGGCUUGCAUUAAUUAUGUGGGCUGUCGGUGCCAUCAUUGCCAUUUCUGGGUUAUAUGUAUAUAUGGAAUUCGGAACAGCUAUACCGAAAAAUGGUGGUGAAAAAAACUAUCUAGAGGCCAUUUUCAGGAAACCUAAAUUCUUCAUUACUUGUAUGUAUGCUGCAUACAUCUUCUUCCUAGGCUGGGCCGCUGGUAAUUCCAUCAAUACGGCUAUUAUGUUUUUAACCGCAGCUGAUACUGAGGUGACUAAAUGGAAUCAAAGAGGUAUUGGUGUGGCUGUCGUGUUCUUCGCAUUUCUAAUCAAUUCUCUAAAUGUUAAGAUUGGCCUAUACCUGCAAAAUAUUUUGGGUAUUUUCAAAGUUGGUAUUGUCAUUUUCAUCUCUAUUACCGGUUGGGUUGCACUUGGUGGUGGUCUCAAAGAUGGUUAUCAAUCUCACAACUUUCGUAAUGCUUUUGAAGGUACCGAAACCGCCACUGCUUACGGUAUUGUUAACGCCUUAUAUAGUGUUAUUUGGUCAUUUGUUGGUUACUCCAAUGUUAACUAUGCACUUGGUGAAGUUAAGAACCCUGUGAGAACUUUGAAGAUUGCUGGUCCUACAUCGAUGGUUUUCUUGGCGAUAGUUUACAUUUUUGUAAAUAUUGCUUACUUCGCUGUGGUGCCAAAGGAUAAGCUGAUUUCUUCAAAAUUGAUUUUAGCUGCAGACUUCUUUGAUAUUGUGUUCGGUGGUCAAGCCAAGAGAGCAGCAGCCGCAUUGGUUGGGCUAAGUGCUUUAGGAAAUGUUCUUUCUGUCAUUUUUUCUCAAGGUAGAAUCAUUCAACAGUUGGGGCGUGAAGGUGUGUUGCCCUUUUCUAACUUCUUUGCCUCUUCUAAACCAUUCAACUCCCCAAUGGUUGGUUUAUUUCAACAUUUUAUUGUCUGUACAGUGACCAUUUUAGCCCCACCUCCAGGUGAUGCAUAUUUGUUGGUUCAAAACUUGAUUUCCUAUCCAAUGAACAUCAUCAAUUUUGCGAUCAGCGCUGGUUUGCUUUGGAUAUACUGGCAACGUAGACAAGGUAAAAUUGAAUGGAACCCACCAAUUAAGGCCGGUGUUUUCGUUACAGGAUUUUUCACAUUAUCCAACCUAUACCUGAUUAUUGCUCCUUACGUUCCACCUUCAGACGGCGAGUCAGUGUAUUCAAGCAUGCCAUACUGGAUCCACUGUGUGAUUGCCUGGGGUAUUUUCUCCAUUGGUGGUAUCUACUACCUUGUUUGGGCCCAAUUAUUGCCAAAAUGGGGCCACUACAAAUUGGUUUCCAAGGAUGUGCUUGGUGAAGAUGGAUUCUGGAGGGUCAAAAUUGCCAAAGUUUAUGAUAAUACUAUUGGCGAUGUCGAUACGCAAGAAGAUGGUGUUGUUGAAACGAAUAUAAUAGAACAUUACAAAAGUGAACAAGAAAAAUCACUGUAG